UGCAUCUCUUCUUCACUACAAUCACAUCUUCAGCCUUGACAACCAGAACAGAAGAAUGUCAUCUUCCUCAAAAAACAGCAAGAACUCCAUUAAACCAAGAACCCAACUUGUGAAAUCCAUCAUUAUAACCCCUGACCAAGUCCCACCAAAGAACAGAAAUACCGAGAGGAAUGACAGAAGAACAGAGUUUCUCCAAGUUGGUCGUCAACAGAUGUCGGUUCUAUGUGGGUUUGGGUAUUGGGUCCAAGGUUUCAGGUGCUUUCCAUGGUUGGCGCUCAACUUCCACAUGGCUCACACCCUAAACUUGCAACCUUCAGUAUUGCAGAUUGUGCAGAACUCCGCUAACCUACCCAUGGUAGCCAAACCUCUUUUUGGGGUAAUUUCUGAUGCUGUAUACAUCGGCGGUGCUCAUAGAAUACCCUAUAUCUCCAUUGGAGUCAUUUUGCAGAUUCUGUCAUGGGGUGCCAUUGCAUUGGUUCCAGUUGGGGGUGAAGUUCUUCCUUUGCUAAUGGCAUGCAUUCUGAUGAGCAACAUUGGUGCAUCCAUCACAGAAGUGGCAAAAGAUGCUCUUGUUGCAGAGUACAGCCAAAAACACAGAUUAGGUGGUCUCCAAUCUUAUGCUUUCAUGGCUCUAGCUGCAGGUGGAUUAUUAGGAAACCUGUUGGGUGGGUUUUUCUUAUUGAAAACACAACAAACCAGGGCCAUGUUUCUCUUAUUUGCUCUCAUACUAUCUGUUCAACUUGCAAUUUCCUCAAUUGCAAGGGAGGAUUCCCUCAGUUUGCCACAACCAUCAGAGCACCAUCUCAUUAGGAAUUCUGUCUCAGAAAACCUAAGCAAACAAUUCUCCAAUCUUCUUACUGCAAUCACUGAAGAGAGUAUCUCCCGUCCUCUCAUCUGGAUUGUAGCUUCCAUUGCUGUGGUUCCAAUGUUGUCAGGUACCAUCUUCUGCUACCAAACACAAUGCCUAAAGCUUGAUUCUUCAAUCAUCGGGAUGUCUAAAGUGAUUGGUCAGUUGAUACUUAUAUCCGCAACUGUACUGUAUGAUCGGUAUUGGAAAACAGUUCCCAUGAGGAAAUUGAUAGGCACAGUGCAGAUAGUAUAUGCAGGCUCCCUUCUCCUGGACUUGGUGCUAGUAAAGCAGAUCAAUCUUAAGCUGGGAAUUCCAAAUGAAGCAUAUGUCCUAUGCAUGUCAGGUUUAGCAGAAACCAUUGCUCAAUUUAAGCUUCUUCCUUUCUCAGUGUUGUUUGCGAGUUUAUGCCCACCAGGAUGUGAAGGAUCGCUCACAUCAUUUUUAGCUUCGGUUCUUUGUUUAUCAUCCAUUAUCAGUGGGUUUAUGGGUGUUGGGUUGGCAUCUCGCAUAGGAAUUUCAUAUGGUGAUUACACUAGCUUGCCUGUGGGCAUUCUGCUACAAUUUCUUGCCGCUUUGGUACCGUUGGGUUUGAUAUCUUUCGUACCCAUGUCACAAUCAGUAGAUAAGGAAAGGAGAAGAGGCGUGAGUAAAAGAAGUAGGAGAAAUAGAAGAGUGGGAAGACUGCCAUUUGAUUCUGUUUAUGCAUACCGGCGCAAAAGAGAAUAUGAGACAGAGAAGUGAAGCAAGCUGGUGGGCUGAAGGAGUGAAAAGCUAGUGGAGGAAUCAUGUCAUUCUAGUGCCUACUCUGAAUCAAAAUGAACUGGAGAUUUUUUCUCUUUGUUUCAGAUUCAGAGAAUUGCACUACAAA